AUGGCCUCCCUGGGCCCCAGGACAUCUGCCCGCAGCAGAUCACCGGGCAGGAGAACCAUGUGUUGGGUCAGUGCCAUCAGCUUCAUGGAGGCUGAGGAGAUGUACUGGCCUGUCCCCAUGAAGGCCAUUGGUGCCCAAAACCUGCUAACCAUGCCAGGGGGUGUCACCAAGGCUGGCUACCUGCACAAGAAGGGUGGUACCCAGCUGCAGCUGCUCAAAUGGCCCCUGCGCUUUGUCAUCAUCCACAAGCGAUGCAUCUACUAUUUCAAGAGCAGCACGUCCGCCUCCCCGCAGGGCGCCUUCUCGCUGAGCGGCUAUAACCGGGUGAUGCGGGCAGCUGAGGAAACGACAUCCAACAAUGUCUUCCCCUUCAAGAUCGUCCACAUCAGCAAGAAGCAUCGCACGUGGCUCUUCUCAGCCUCCUCUGAGGAUGAGCGCAAGAGCUGGAUGGCCUUGCUGCGCAGGGAGAUUGGCCACUUCCAGGAGAAGAAGGAGCUGCCCCUGGAUGCCAGCGACUCCGGCUCUGACACAGACAGCUUCUACGGUGCCGUCGAGCGGCCUGUGGACAUCAGCCUCUCUCCAUAUCCCAUGGACAACGAAGACUACGAGCAUGACGAUGAGGACGACUCAUACAUGGAGCCCGACUCUCCUGAGCCUGUGAAGCCUGAGGAUGCCCUGACCCACCCGCCGGCCUACCCGCCCCCCCCAGUGCCCACACCCAGGAAGCCAGCCUUCUCUGACAUGCCCCGUGCCCACUCCUUCACAUCCAAGGGCCCAGGCCCCCUGCUGCCACCUCCGCCCCCGAAGCGCGGCCUUCCUGAUGCCGGUCCAGCCCCUGAGGACUCCAAGAAAGACCCACUGGGCCUGAGGCGGACAGAACCUACCCCCAGGGUGCCUGCUACCUCCCGAAGGAUGAGCGAUCCCCCAAUGGGCAGCAUGCCCACCACGCCCAACCUCCGGAAACCCCCAUGUUUCCGGGAGAGCACCAGCCCCAGCCCGGAGCACUGGAGCCAUGGCCACGGGGCCAGCCUUGCUUCCAGCUGUGCCACCAUAGCCGCUGCCACCUCCAGGAACUGCGACAAGCUCAAGUCCAUCCACCUGUCCCCCUGGGGGCCGCCCACAUCUGAGACCCCGCUCAAGUCUAUCCAUCUGUCCCCCCGGGGGCCGCCCACAUUUGAGCCCCCACCGGUGCCAGCCAACAAGCCCAAGUUCCUGAAGAUAGCUGAAGAGGCACCCCCAAGGGAGACAGCCAGGCCUGGACUCUUUGUGCCCCCUGUGGCUCCCAGGCCCCCUGCACUGAAGCUGCCCCUGCCUGAGGCCACAGCUCGGCCUGCAGUACUACCCAGGCCGGAGAAGCCGCCGCUCCCCCACCUCCAGCGAUCACCCCCUGAUGGGCAGAGUUUCAGAAGCUUCUCCUUUGAGAAACCUCGGCGACCCUCGCAGGCUGACACUGGCGGGGAGGACUCAGAUGAGGACUAUGAGAAGGUGCCGCUGCCCAACUCAGUCUUUGUCAAUACCACGGAGUCCUGCGAAGUGGAAAGGUUGUUCAGAGGCACGAGCCCCCAGGGAGAGCCCCAGGAUGGGCUCUACUGCAUCCGGAACUCCUCCACCAAGUCGGGGAAGGUUCUGGUCGUGUGGGAUGAAAGCUCCAACAAAGUGAGGAACUACCGCAUCUUCGAGAAGGACUCCAAGUUCUACCUGGAGGGCGAGGUCCUGUUCAUGAGCGUGGGCAGCAUGGUGGAACACUACCACACCCAUGUGCUGCCCAGCCACCAGAGCCUGCUCCUGCGGCACCCCUACGGCUACGCUGGCCCCAGGUGACGCCUGCCACACACAGCUGCCGGGCAGAGGCGGUCACGGGGGCCACAGCCCCAGGCCACACACAGGGAGAGUGGCCUGCAUGGGAGGAUGAGCAGGAGCAAGGACCCUGCUUGACCUGGGGCCUCCCCAACAGAUGCCCUGUAGGGUCUGGCCCGGCCCCACCCAGCAGGCUGGCUCCACGAGGCUGGACCGGGCCCUGGGCUCCAGAGGACUGGGGCAUUCUCCUGCCCCAUGUGGCCCUGCCCUGUCCCACCUCCCAGGAACCCCAGGACUGAGCCCUGCCUGGGCUUCAAGAACAGAAAGGCUGGUCCCCCCAGCACACCCAUCCUGCAGUGGGCUGGGAGCUGGGCAGGGCUGGGGCAGUUGUGUGGGGGCCAGAGCUGACCCUAGGACCCCACAGGAACAUAAGGCACAGGCUCCAGAAGGGACCGUUGCCUCCUAAUAAAGCAGAGAUGAUCUUUGC